AUGGAUUGCGACUUUUGUCUAAGACAAGCUCAUCGUACCAGCAGCAUAUCGGGAGCUUUGGAUCACGAGUUUACUCACUGGAGAAAGGGAGGUAAAAGGAACCCAUCCGAUUGGAUAUCUUACCUAUCAUUUGCCGACCCGCGCGCUACUCCACUCCAACCACGCGAUAAGACUGGGCCAUCCGUCUUGGACUUCACAAACCCACGCCCCAGGACCUUUUCCACCUUCCUCAUUGCGAUAGUAGACCAUGCUGUUGACGGCUUUGUGAGCCCUUUGAAGUACGAAGUGCGACUCUUUCCCGCCUUUCCAUCACGGUACCAAGCAGGCAAGAUGGGCUUCUUCCGAUUACUGGCUAUCGCGACACUCGUCACCAGUUGCGUCCAGGCUGCGGUCUCAACAACAGGCUUUACGGUCACACUUGGAGACAUCGAUUACUUCUUGCCCCCUAAGCCUGUGGCAAGCAUCACGGGUUGCAAUGAAAUUGAGGCAUUGUUCAACGAUGCCAUGUUUGUACCGAUCACCGUUGCAUCGAACGAGACACAGGUAGCAUCCUAUGGCGAGAAGGACGAUGUUUGGCAGGAAGGCUUUCUUGAAGCCAUGUUUAUCCAAGGAGACAGUAAACCAUUCGAUUCUUCCAGCACGAUCCUUUCAGGCACUGCCUCACGUGAAUUGCCAUCCGGUCCAUACUUCAUGACCGCUGCCGGUCAUGUCUACGAGGCUUGGAGGCUGUUUCCUGAUGUUCAAGGAGCAUUCACAGAGUCGGUCACUGCCAACGGUGACGGUUCGUACUCGGUACUUCCAGCAGGCGUGCAAGGGCAGAACCAGGCCAUCGCUGUCCCAUCUCGUCUUUAUUUCACGAAGACGAUAGAGAGACCAUUGGCUGGAGUGCGCAUUGGUAUCAAAGACAUAUACGAUAUCAACGGUUUGCGUACCUCGAACGGAAAUCGUGCCUGGUAUUGGCUGUAUCCUCCCGCCAACAACACGGCGCCGCCCGUACAGAACCUUAUCGAUGCUGGUGCUAUUAUUAUAGGCAAGAUGAUCACUUCGCAAUUUGCAAACGGCGAGACGGCUACUGCCGACUGGGUCGACUACCACGCAGCAUUUAAUCCUCGUGGUGAUGGGUACCAGGAUACUUCAUCCAGCUCUUCAGGUGGUGGUGCUGGUACUGCUGCAUAUCCUUGGCUCGAUGUCUCCCUCGGAUCUGAUACUGGAGGUUCGGUCCGUGGACCCUCCCAAGUUCAAGGGCUUUACGGCAACAGACCUUCUCAUGGACUCGUUUCUCUGGAAUACACCAUGCCCCUCAGCCCGGUAUUCGACACCCCUGGAUUGUUGGCCCGUAACCCGAUUCUCUGGAAGGACGCGGCGCAAGCCAUGUAUGGAGUGAACAUGACCGUAACUAAGACUUACCCUACUAGCAUUAAAACUCUCGCUUGGCCUACCACAGCAAGCGAUGCAGCCACGGAACUCCUGGUAGACUUCUUGGGCAACGUGACCAACUUCCUAAGUGCGAAUUUCACCGCCUUUAACGUCACAGAGUCCUUUAGCACGGAUAAUCCGCAUCUAAGCAAUCUAGACACCCUGAUGAACUUGACUUAUGCCAUCCUCAUCACCAAGCAACAAGUCGAGCUCGUCCGUGAACCGUUUUACGUCGAUUAUGCGCAGAGACAUGAUGGCCGUCUGCCGUUUGUCAAUCCUGUACCUCUGGCACGAUGGGCAUGGGGCGACAACCAAACAAACACCAUCGAUGAAGCCGUUAGCAACAAGACCAUCUUUAUGAAUUGGGCGAACGAGACAUUCCUUGCCCCGUCCGCUGAAACAUGCUCGCAGAGUCUGGUCAUGUAUGGUACUGCCGGUCGCACAUUGUACCGCAAUACGUACUUGAGUCCCCCUGGUGUACCUUUUGGCUGGAGCAACAGCCGCAUCUCGAUCAUGGCCGAGGUACCGGAUUUCGUGGUCCCGAUCGGUGAGGCGCCGUACAAUUCGAGUAUUACGGGGCAUGUCGAGUAUCUACCUAUAUCGGCGAAUUUUUUGGCGGCCAAGGGGUGUGAUGGCAUGCUGUUUUCGCUUAUCGAGGAUUUGUAUGAGGCAGAGAUUUUGAAGGAGAGUUUGGUGGGGAGAAGUGGGUUGACAGGGGGUGAUAUCUUGCUAAGGCGAGAGCUUCUGGAGUAUUGA